CUCCCCAGAGUUGGGAGUGGUCCUUUCGGUAAAUGUGAACAGAACUGCACGUCACCACAGUCACCAGCAGCGGUGUAAUUUCAGGUCCACGCUUCAAGUAAGAAAAAAACAUCAACAACAAAAGAGCAGCUCUUUACCCUCCGUACCCUUACCUUCAGACUCAGAGGCCAGGCUCCACCCCUCUGUCAUUUUAUUUUUACGUCUUCUAGCGUCACAUCCCCCCUGGCCUGGUCGGAGGAAUGUAGAGACGGAGGGUCUUUAAAAAUAGCAUCCUCCGCUGUGACAGCGCUGCUCCGGAGGCUCCGCAGCACUCUGCUGGAAGAAGCAGGAAUGCGAAGAUGGCUGCAGACCUGGGAGAGCUGCUGGUCCCCUUCAUGCCCACCAUCAGAGUCCCCAAAACUGGAGACAGGGUCUACAAGAGCGAGUGCGCCUUCUCCUUCGACUCUCCCGAGUCUGAGGGAGGCCUGUAUGUGUGUAUGAACACAUUCCUGGGCUUUGGACGGGAACAUGUGGAAAGACAUUAUCGCAAAACAGGGCAGAGUGUUUACAUGCACCUCAAACGACAUGUUAAAGAGAAAGCCACAGGAGCUGCAGGAGGCGCCAUCCCCAGACGGAGAAAUGGGAAAGUUUUUCUAGAUUUAGAGCUAAACCGUGAUUUUAACGGAGAGGACUAUGAGUAUGAGGACGAGGCGAAGCUCGUCAUUUUUCCAGACCACUUCGAGAUCCCUUUACCAAAUAUUGAGGAGCUGCCCGCUCUGGUGACGAUUGCCUGUGAUGCGGUGCUUAAUGCACCUUCAGCGUACAAGAAACAGGAGCCCGAGUCUUGGGAGGAGGAGAUCCAGGUCUCCAGACAUGCCAGAAGCCUCAGACAGCUGGAUAACGGGGUCCGGAUACCACCCAGUGGCUGGAAGUGUCAGAAAUGUGAGAUGAGAGAAAACCUGUGGCUGAACCUGACCGACGGAUCAGUUCUUUGUGGAAAGUGGUUCUUUGAUGGGAGCGGGGGGAACGGCCACGCUCUGGAGCACUACAGAGCGACCAACUACCCGCUGGCUGUUAAACUGGACACCAUCACUCCAGACGGAGCAGAUGUGUAUUCAUUUGAGGAGGAAGAGGCUGUGUUGGACCCUCACAUAUCAGAGCACUUGUCACACUUUGGAAUAGACAUGCUCCAGAUGCAGAGGAGAAUAUCUGAGACAGAAAAUGGACAUCACACAGACAAUAACCCUCGACCGCGAGUCAGCGAGUGGGAGGUGAUCCAAGAGUCGGGCAUGAAGCUGAAGGCGGUCUACGGUUGUGGUUACACCGGCAUUAAAAACCUGGGCAACAGCUGCUACCUGAGCACAGUGAUGCAGGUUCUCUUCAGCAUCCCAGAUUUCCAGAGGAUGUAUGUAGGUAACCUUCAGAGGAUAUUCGACUAUUCACCCCUUGACCCCACCCAGGAUUUUGCCACACAGAUGGCUAAACUGGGCCACGGGCUGCUCUCAGGCCAGUACUCCAAACCACCCAUGAAAUCUGAGCUCAUUGAACAGGUGAUGAAAGAAGAACACAAGGUAUUAAACGGGCACCAUCAGAGAGGAAUCUCUCCUCGAAUGUUGAAGUCACUGGUCAGCAGAGGGCACCCAGAGUUUUCCUCCAACAGACAACAAGAUGCCCAUGAGUUCUUCCUGCACCUCAUCAACUUGGUGGAAAGAAACAGCGCAGGCUCGGAGAAUUCAAGCGACUCCUUCCGUUUCUUGGUGGAAGAGAGAAUUCAGUGCUGUCAGACUCGGCGAGUUCGUUACGCUCAGCGGGUGGACUACUGCAUCCAGUUGCCAGCUCCUAUAGAAGCAGCUACAAAUAGAGAGGAGUUGCUUGCAUAUGAGGCCAAGCGGAAAGAAGCUGAGGAGAACAUGCGGGCUCCUCCUGAACCGGUUCGUGCACGAAUUCCUUUCACAGCCUGCCUUCAGGCCUUCACGGAGCCAGAAAAUGUUCCCGACUUCUGGAGCUCAGCGCUGCAGGCUAAAUCAGCUGGAGUGAAAACGUCCCGUUUUGCCUCGUUCCCAGAGUAUCUGGUUGUGCAGAUGAAGAAAUUCACAUUCGGUGUUGACUGGGUACCAAAGAAGCUUGACUUGGCUAUUGAUGUUCCAGACUUUUUGGAUGUGAGCCGGCUCCGCGCCACAGGACUGCAGGCAGGUGAAGAGGAGCUGCCGGAUCUCAUGCCUCCCAUUGUGCUACCGGAAGACACCAGAGAUAACUCCAUGAGCUCAACUGACUCUCCAGAGAUAGAUGAGGGGGCCGUUAUGCAGCUGGCAGAGAUGGGUUUUCCAGUGGAGGCCUGUAGGAAGGCGGUGUACUACACAGGAAACAUGGGCCCGGAGAUGGCCUUCAACUGGAUCAUAGCCCACAUGGAAGAGCCGGAUUUCGCUGAACCUCUCACUCUGCCCUCAAUGACGGAUCCUCUUCCCUCUACCAGUGACAGCCCCAUAGGUGCGACUCCACUAGAAAACUCACCCCCCGAGGAGAGCGUUGCCAUCCUCACAUCGAUGGGCUUUCCUCGCAAUCACAGCAUCCGCGCACUCAAAGCCACGAAUAAUAAUCUUGAACGAGCGCUUGACUGGAUCUUCACCCACCCAGAGGAGGAGGACAGUGAUGCCCUCUCAGACAUGGCGGACACGGAGCCCAACGACAACGCCUUUUCCAACGUCAACUCUCACAGCGACUCCACGCUGUCACCAGACAGAGAAACAUCAGGCCCCAGAGUCAAAGACGGACCAGGACGAUAUGAGCUCUUUGGUUUCAUAAGUCACAUGGGAGCCUCCACCAUGUCUGGACAUUAUGUUUGUCACAUCAAAAAAGAGGGACGGUGGGUGAUCUACAACGACCACAAGGUGUGUUUGUCAGAAAGGCCUCCAAAAGACUUGGGCUACAUCUACUUUUACCGUCGUCUCUCGAGCAGUUAAGAUUACUGCCUCCCUCCUCCCUGCAAUCUUUAAAUAACUUCAACAGCUGCAGCGGAAACGAUGGAAGUAACUUCACAGACCAUCUUCUUGCCUUAUCGUCAUCUCACACAGGAGUAACCAGGAAUACUGAUCCAAGAAGGAAAGCAAUGUGCUGUUUUUGUGCUUUUGUUGUGUUUAUGCUUUAAAUGUAUAUUUCAUUGUUUAUGCUGAGAGAGAGAAAAAGAAAAAAAAAUGUGUAGGUACACAGGGAAGCGUGCAAUUUCUACUUCUGGAAUGGUCUGGAAACAAAAUAAUUGAACAUAUCAGAUCAGGUUGUUCCUCCUCUCUGCCUUCAGCUGCUGUACUGUACUUUCAGAGUGCUACAUUUCAUAAAUGUGUGCUUGGAUGGCAGUGCUAUACUACCAGACCACAAAUGCUCAGAACCUGCAACAAAAGACAAACGAUAAGUGUGCGUUUGGUGACUUUACAUUUUUCUGAGAAAUACAUUGAAUGUUUUUUUAUUUUAGGGUAAACUUGGAUGCUGAGAAAAUCCCCCAAACACUAUUUAAGUUUCCAAAUGUAGGAAAGCACCAAAAAAGUUAAAAAUAAGUGUUACCUAGACUGUAAAUGUACAGUAUUAUUUGCUGGAUUAUAGCUGAAAACUGCCCCAGAAAGGAGAGAACAGUGUGUGAGUUUCUGUUUCCCACUGUGCUGACUAAUUUACAAAACUAGAUAAUUUUUAUUUUUUAGAAAAAGCACUUUUAAACAAAAAAAAACCCCUUGUAUUCUGUACUUGAUGCAGAAGACAGGCAACAUGUCUAUUCACCAAUAUAUACAAGUCAAUGGGAUAUUUUACUUAAAUUACUUCUUAAACCACAACAGUAUUUCAUUUUUUUGAAUGCCCAAUUGGAGCAUGUGUGGACUUAUUUAAAUGAAUGUUAAGUCAGUGAUGCACCUAUAUCUUAUGUAAAAGUCAUGUGCAGAACCUUUUAAGCAGUUUAUGCCAAAUUGCAAAAUAUUUGCCUACUCUGCAAACUUUAACUUGGCUGCACCUGCAGCAGUUCGGUUCUUUACAACAGACAUAUUCAGAAUGUGACCCAAAAAGGUGAAAUGAAUGGUUUCAUUAAUUUGUUCUCACUUUUCAGGCUUUUUGUCUUAUUUGUGCAUUUGAACUCUUGUCUAGAGCAACAUGCCUGGAGCAAAAGCACAGCAAUGAACUCUGAGAUGAAAGAUGCACACUGAUCUGUAUCUGUAUCUGUAUCUGUAUCUCCUCUGCAGUGUUCACGCUGCACAAGCUUGUUGCUGAAUGUAAAACUUUAUGGUGCUCAUUGGAAACAGAACCUCCUCUUCAAACCCCACAAACCAGCGAAAAUCAUUCAACUCAUUAGUCUUUAGAAGCUAAAUGGGAAGUCCUCAGCAUUCAGGAUGUACUGUGUGGUAGAUAUAGUCUUUUAUUUUGUAGCUGUCAAAAUAAUUUUAACACCGGUGCUCAGAUCAUCUUUUCAAUUGUAGUUGUAAAAAGGUUUAUACCAGAAACCAUCAUGGGCUGGUUACUGGUAUAAACCAAGGUUUCAAACAAAGUUGGUUUCAAAACCACUUAAAAAGAAACUGAUCAGACUAUACCGAGGAUUGAGAAAAGAUGGUUCCCCCUCCCCCACCUGUUGCAGCACACUGCCAGCUCUUGCAAAUUUAGAUUUGGUGUAGAAAAAUAAAUUGCCCAUUACUUUUAUUAACCAGCUAAUUUCAGCUUGUUAUACUUGGGAGACUAUAUAACUUAACUUAACGGCCAUUUGUUUUCUAACCUGCUGUGAAUCAAAAUGGCAGAAAAAAACUACAUAAUUUACCCAUUAAUUAAUAUGAUUUAUUUUAACAGUAGGAAUAAUUAUUGUUUUUAUGUUUGAUUUAAAGAAAAGCAAUUACAUUAUGGUAUACAUUUAUUUUUGGUUGUUUUAAACACUGAUACAGUGAAACCAUGGUAUUUUAAAACAAGGUUAUCAUAUUGACAAGACCUCAUACUGAACCAUGCCUAGUUGUCCAUUAAAUUUGACUGUAAUAGAAACUGUUUUUGUUAGCUACAUCUACAACAGAAGACAAAUCGAUAUUACAAAGCAUUGGCAGUUUGUUUUGUCCAUUGACAUCCUGUUCUGUUACUCAGUGGUGCUGGAGUCAGAAAUUAUCAGGGGGAGGCCUUGAGAUCCUCUUCAAAAUUCAAAGUAUACACUACAAGUGAUAAAAAUGGAUAUGUUACUAGUGUUGAAUGUAUUCUCAACUGAUAAACUGAGCACAUGUCUUAUUAUUAUUAUUUUUGGGGUCAGAAGCUGAAAGGUUUGGGAACCACUGCAGUAACUCACUUUAAGCAUUUUUCUUUCAAAGAGGACCUUUGUGGGAUAUACACGUUUUGGUAUCCUCCAAAAGUCCAUUUCAGCUCCACACUUAAUUUUUGACAUAUUCAGUCCUGUAAUGAAGGGGAUACCAACCAACCAAUCUUGGCGUUUUGUAAGAAAGUUGUUUGAACAAUUAAAGCUGGUGGUUGGAAUAUAAUGCAGUGUAAAAAAAAAAACACUAAAAAGGGCUUUGUUUCUUUGAUAAUCAUCUUUACAGAUCAAAAGCUGUUUUGACAAAUUAAUUUACAGGAUAAAUCUCAAUUUCCACUGUGCACCUCUUUAACAACACUGUGCCUAAACCCUGGACAAAUGUCAACUCAUAUCAAAUCUCAGCUUCUCAAUAUACUGCUGCUGCGUUUCUUGUCUAUGCAGCAGGAAAUAUUACUAAAAGUCUCUAUGCAAGUCCUGCAUCUCUGCUGCUCGUCAUCAGCAGAUGACUGAUGAGGUUUUGGUCUCACCCAGCUGUUUUCCGUUCUAAAUGUGUCCACACGUGCUGUGAAGUUUGUAUCAUUUCGCUGUCCCUUCUGUCUCUGGCGCCUUUCUGGUUGCAUUUUUUUCUUUUUUUUAAAUUCUUGUUUCAGCUUUCCCUCUGCUCAGUCUCUUAUCCUUCUCGUACGAUUUCUUACAAAAAAAGUUUCACAGUCAGCAUGUGCACUAAAGAACAACAUGUAGUUAUUUGGAUUGUACAAUGGUAAUUUUGCAGAUUUUAUUCUUUUUUUUCAAUUAUCUAAAUUUCAAACAUGUUCUUCACUUGUUUUUUUUUCUCCUGACUUUUUGCAAAAAGAUUUGUGCCAUUUCUCUAGUUUUUCUGAUGGGAUUAUUUUAAGUUAACUUUUGGUAAUGUAGCUGUUGAUGCAAGAAUGGCUUUAGUGUACGUGAAUACCAUACCGUAUAUCCAGUGGCACUGUUUACUUUAUGAUGUUUGGGUAAUUUAAUAAACUCCACAUUUGUUGAAA